AAUUUCGAAGCCUCUCGAAUUACAAAUUCACCAGAUUUUCCUUCAUACAACCCCUAUAAAUUCCACGUCGACGCACUUCAAUUCUCACUUUAAAACGACCCAACGUUUCUGUCAAGAUUCCUAUCGAAGCUGUGUUAAAAAAGAAACAAACGACAACAACAACAACGCGUUUAUCGCCGAUCACGUCGUCGUCUUCAUCUUCCCCUCUCUCCGAGUCGAAAGUUCGUUGUUGUUCUGUGAUUGUCGUUUCUUUAUUUUCAUUUCUGCGAUAACUCUGUGACUGAGUGAAAUCAUAGUAAGAAUAAUAAUUCUGUUCUCUUUGUUAGGUAACGUAGCUUCUUCUUUUUUUUCCAAUUUUUGAUUACCUUGUCGCUUCAUUUCUUGUGUUUUACGUUUUCUGAUGUGUUCUUUGUGAAUUCUGUGCAAUUCUGAAUUUGUGUUUGUUUUUGUUGUGUGAUUCACUCUUUGGUUAUAUCGUUUUGUGAUGAGUUUAGAAGUGGUUGCUCUUGUGGCACGUAGCACGAUAAUUCGUUGCCUUGAACUCCGAGGUUUUGUUUAGUUCAGUGGAAUUUACCAAGACCUUGGUUUUCAGGCAAUAGAUUGUAGUGUUUAUUGGAUCUAUGUUGUUAUUUUGUAGUUAUUACCCUUGAAUAAGAAGAAGUACUUGAGGGUGAGGAGUAUGUUGGAAAAGCUUAAGGACGUUGUCAAUUGUGAAUUUUCUGCAAUGUUUUAAAAAUUGGACCCAUUGGUUCAAUUGAUCAAACCGUGAGCCGGUUGAAUCAUCAACUUAGGUUGUAGCGAACUAUUGCUCAUUCUGGUUCGGAUUUUAAAACAUUGAGUUUACGUAUUUAAAGUAAUAAGUUAGUUCGGACCAAAAUAAAAAGUAAUAAGAUAGUUGGACGCAACUUUCCAAUCUACGUGGAUGGAUAGGAUAAUAGGAAUAAUCUAUGUGGGUUGCUUGAGAGCGAAAAUUUUAGGAGACUAGGGGUAGGUGAAAUGGUGAAUGGCUAUGUCAUUAGAUUCUACGAAGAAGUCUUUUGCAGGAAAAUGCAGUUUGCAUCAAAAUUGGACUCCCCAGUUGCCAAAAUUAAAGCUACUUCUGCAAGGCCCAAGGAUACCACUGCUCUGUAUUUUUUUGAAGGGAAGUGGGAGGAAACAAGUUUAUCUUUUGCUGACUUACCCGUCUCCAUUUGUCUCUGCCACCUUUCAAUGUCUACUAUGGGUAAACAAGUUUGCAGCAAGUUUUGGUGUGGUUGAAGCUUCUUGUGGGUUUGCGUAAUUCAUUGAAACUGUCCAGUUGUUUCCUUUCCAGUUUAUGGAUAGGGAAAAUGCUGGCUUGAUGUUACACCCAUUGUUCAGCAUCGUGUAUGAUAUGAUUACACACUACCAUCAUUGCUAAAUCCAACCUUUCCUUCAUUCUUCUUCCAGCCUUUGUUCUGUCAUGGUUGGUAGAAGGGGAUGACCCUGCUGUACUCCAGAUAUGGAGAAGGAUUCUGUUCUUGAAUAUUCAUAAACUAGUUCCUGGAGUAUGUGUAGAUAUUCUUUUUUGGCGGUGAAUGCGUAGUCUACUGUCAAGUUACCUAGUUAAUGAAGAAAAGGGUUGUAAUUUGAUCCAAAGGUAUCUAUCAAGGUGCAGAUUGUUUGGAGUUUUUAAGUAUUUGCUUUUGGUAAGUUUCAGUUCAUGGAGGAGUCAAUGCAGAACUGCAUUUUAAGGUUGGAGUGUCUAUUGAUUGGCUCCAGUAUAGUUGGAUUUGAUUGUGGGAGUUCUUCAAGGAAUCAAGUGAUCAUUCAAUACUAUUGGUUUGUAUUUUCUGCUGGAGGCUGUCAAGUACCCCAGUGCUACAUUGUAGUAAUGUGUGGAAUUCUUGUGUAUAAGCUUGUUUUGAUGUGUUCCCCUCUUGGAGUAGUGCUGAUUGGAGCUGGGUAAAUCGAUUUUCUUGUUGCUGAUUUCCAUUGGUCUGCAGCAGUAUAGAAGAAAGCAACGAUGCAUUGGUGUUUACCUGGCUUGAUGGGGUGACUAGAUAUGCCUUUAGAAGUUUUAGGAUUAUUUCUAAAUGUGUUCUAACAUGCAGGUCUCUUACUGCCUGCUUCUAGAUAGUUGGUAAUCUUAUCUGAGGAUAGCUAGUAUCAUGGGAGAGGUGGCAAUAAUGCACUCUGAGCCUCUGCUGUUUGAAUGUAAUGACAUUAAACAUAUGACUGAGAAAGAAGAGUAUCCUCCAGCACCAAAUACAGAGCACUUGCCAGGAGAAGAAUCAAGUCAAUCAACAGAUCACAAAAGUACCAAUGACUUGCUAGAGAAAGGAUAUAUGGAAUAUGGAUGUCAACAUUACUGGAGAAGAUGUCGCAUCAGGGCACCUUGUUGCAAUGAGAUUUUUGAUUGCCGCCAUUGUCACAAUGAGGCAAAAAAUGAUAUCAACAUUGACCAGAAGCAUAGACAUGACAUUCCCCGACACCAAGUCAAACAGGUGAUUUGUUCACUUUGUGGGACUGAACAAGAGGUUCAGCAAAAUUGUAUUAAUUGUGGUGUUUGUAUGGGCAAGUACUUCUGUGGGACAUGCAAGCUUUUUGAUGAUGAUAUAUCUAAGCAGCAGUACCAUUGUAGUGGCUGUGGAAUUUGCAGAACUGGAGGAAGCAAUAAUUUCUUCCAUUGCUACAAGUGUGGUUGUUGCUACUCAACUCUUCUGAAAAACAGUCACCCUUGUGUAGAAGGAGCAAUGCACCAUGAUUGCCCUGUUUGUUUUGAGUACUUGUUUGAAUCAAGAAACGAUGUCACUGUUAUGCCAUGUGGACAUACAAUCCAUAAGAGCUGCCUGAAUGAAAUGAGAGAACAUUUUCAGUAUGCGUGCCCUCUCUGCUCGAAGUCAGUCUGUGAUAUGUCAAAGGUUUGGGAGAAAUUUGACAUAGAGAUUGCCGCUACACCAAUGCCUGAGCCAUAUCAAAAUAAAAUGGUUUGGAUCCUGUGCAAUGACUGUGGCAAAACUUCGCAGGUUCAGUUCCAUUUUGUGGCUCAAAAAUGCCUACACUGCAAGUCCUAUAACACACGACAGACAAGAGGCUGAGCAAGGGGCAGUGGAUAUGUAUUGACUUCAUUAAGGCCUUCAUUUGAGUUCUCAUGAGAUUGUCGUGAAGGCACUAGGAAUCCACGUGUGUCCUUCAUUGGAUACGUGGUUGUGGACAGUUGGAAUUUGAAUUGCAUGCUAAGCCACAUUCAUAGGGAAAGAAUAAUGGUCCUUUAUGAUGUAAUUUGUUGGGGCCACUAAUUGGAAUCACCCCGAGUGUGUGUUAGGGUAUGAUAGUUGUUUGUGUAAUUUUAACUUUGCAAUCUGCCGAGCACAGUCUUUUAUUUUUUUAUUCUUUUGUUUCAAUUUAUAGGAAUCCGGUUUAAGGGAAAUUUAUGUUUCUAAACAUUUUUAUUUUUCUAGACAAUGAUAUCGAAUAUCAAAUUAAGUGGAUACUGAUAUGAUAACACUGGUGAUAAAAAUGUGUAUGAGAUGUAACUGGACAUUUUCGUCGUUGGGUAAACACGGAGAAAUUUGUACCUUUAGAGAGAUCAUAAUUGGGUCCAACAUUUCUCUCUACAGUGGUAAUAAAAAGAUGAAACAAAUGUACUGUUAAAAUGUUCUAUUGAAUGAUCGAAAAGCUUCGGAACCAUUAUAGAUUGUUCUUAUGAAAUGUCAUUGACAUUGCUC